AUGGCGGCGGGCGCCGGGCCCGGCAGGGACUGCCUGCAGGCGGGCGAGGCCUGCGCCACCGACCCCGUGUGCAGCGCCAAGUUCCGCACGCUGCGCCAGUGCAUCGCGGGCAACGGCGCCAGCAAGCUGGGCCCGGGCGCCAAGAGCCAGUGCCGCAGCACCGUCAGCGCCCUGCUCUCCAGCCAGCUCUACGGCUGCAAGUGCAAGCGCGGCAUGAAGAAGGAGAAGCACUGCCUGAGCGUCUACUGGAGCAUCCACCACACGCUGAUGGAAGGCAUGAAUGUCCUGGAGAGUUCCCCUUACGAGCCGUUCAUCAGGGGCUUCGAUUCGGUGCGGCUGGCGUCCAUCACUGCAGGCUCCGAGAACGAGGUGACGCAGGUGAACAGGUGCCUGGACGCCGCCAAGGCCUGCAACGUGGACGAGACGUGCCAGCGGCUGCGCACCGAGUACGUGUCCCUGUGCAUCCGGCGCCUGGCCCGCGCCGACGCCUGCAACCGCGCCAAGUGCCACAAGGCCCUGCGCCGCUUCUUCGACCGCGUGCCCCCUGAGUUCACCCACGAGCUGCUCUUCUGCCCCUGUGACGACACGGCCUGCGCCGAGCGCCGCCGCCAGACCAUCGUCCCCGCCUGCUCCUACGAGGCCAAGGACAAGCCCAACUGCCUGGCGCCCCUGGACGCCUGCCGGGAGAACUACGUCUGCAGGUCGCGCUAUGCAGAGUUCCAGCUGAACUGCCAGCCCUCCCCACAGGCUGCCAGCGGCUGCCGCAGGGACAGCUACGCUGCCUGUCUGCUGGCCUACACCGGCAUCAUCGGCAGCCCCAUCACCCCCAACUACAUCGACAACUCCACGGCCAGCAUCGCGCCCUGGUGCACCUGCACCGCCAGUGGGAACCGGCAGGGGGGGGGGGAAGCCUUUUCUCCAUCUUCCCCACACAAAGAGAACGCCAUCCAGGCCUUUGGCAACGGGACCCACCUGAACACAGCCGUGGCCCCCUCCAUCCUCCCCACCACACAGAUGUACAAGCAGGAGCGAAACGCCAACAGAGCCGUGGGCACCCUCAGAGAGAGCAGCCCAGAGCACCUGCAGCCCACCAAGGUGGCUGCAGAGGAGAGGCUCCUGCGUGGCUCCACUCAUUUGUCCUCAGGCACCUCCAGCCCAGCAGCCCCGUCCUGCUGGGCGGCCCCUGUGCUGCAGGUGUGGCUGCUGCUGCUGCUGUGCUGAGCCCCGUGAUGAGAGGCAGGGCUGCACACAGCAGGCACAGACUCGGUUUGUGUUGGGUUCUUCACUGAACAGCCACACCAGGAACUGUUUCAGGAGAGCAGGGAGAAGGGAGGGGAUGGGAAGGCAAGGUGAGUGUUGGGCAUCCCUUCCUCCUCCUCAUCUGCCUGCCAGUUUAUUUGAUUUUAUAUGAUCAGCAUUGUUGACAACCAGCUCAUUCUUGGUCCUGGCCACCUUUCCACACCACAGCUUGGUUGUUGUUUCUUCAGCUCUCUGUGGAUAGGGCUGGAGCCAUGGACAAUUUCCUUGGAAAAGUUGGAGGAGAGAGUUGAUCCAAGAAAUGAGAGCUGCAAAGGAAGUGUUUUUUCCUGCCCCAGCCAAGAGGGGAAAGACGAUGGAUGGAUGGAUGGAUGGAUGGAUGGAUGGAUGGAUGGAUGGAUGGAUGGAUGGAUGGAUGGAUGGAUGGAUGGAUGGAUGGAUGGAUGGAUGACCUGUCAGGAGGUUUCCUGAAGCCCACACUGAGGGGCUCUGGACAGGACAUGUUGAGUCAUGUGGAGUUCAGAUGUUUCCAGGGUUGCUCAGACCCUGAAGGACAACGUGCCUGGUUCCUUCAGACUGCAGAAACCACAACACUGGUGAGAAGGAGGUUGGUUUUGUUCACUGGAGAGGAACCUGAAGUUCCUCUGGGGAGGACCAAGUAACCAGACUCUGAACUGCUGGCAGGGAUUAUCCACGCUCUCCAAACCAUGGCCAGAGUGCAACCAGCAUCCAUGUCCCAGCUGCCACCUGCCCCGGGCCCUCCUCCCUGGGGAGCUCUGUGUCCUGUAUUGAUGGAAUUCAGGAAGAAACACGUGUGUUGCAUUUUUUUUACAGAUUAUUUUUUUGUGUCCAAACCCAAACAUCUCUAUCCACCCGUCCUGUACAGUGUUUGGGGCAUUUUUUGUCCCAUCCAAACAACCAGAGGCCAAUAUUGUCCCACUCCAGGCUACUCUCCCUCCAUCAGAGACCAUUGUGAGCCUGUGGGUAGGAUUUGAUGUGAGCCCAACACAUCCCACUCUCACAUGCUACCUGUUCACCCACUGGUCUCAUAGGCACAGGGUGUCCAGCCAAGGGAUUUCAUUAGGGAAGAGAUAGGACAGGAGAGGUUUGUGGAUACCACCCUCAAGACAGACAUGCCCAGCCAAGAAAGACCCAGUCAUGAAUUAUAUCAUGAGCAGGGACUGGAUUGAGUUUCCCCUCCUUGAAGAACUGGCAGAGGCAACCACCUGUGUCCAGGUGAGCAGGUGAAGGGCUUUGCCUCUUGCCAGGUCCUGUUUUUUCAGUGAAGAUGUCAUUUAAGCAAAGGCUGAUGAAGGGACCCUUUCUGCUGAGCUGCAGAGGAGCCCAGGGAGGAAGGUGAGGAUGAGUGUCCCUGCUGUCCUGGGCACAGGGAGAGGUGAGGAUGAGUGUCCCUUCUGUCUUGGGGCACAGGGAGGUAGGUGUGUGACCUUGGACUACUUGGGCAUCCCAGGGUCUUUCCUUGAGGUGAGCUGAGGAGUCCCAGUGCCCUCUUGGGGGUUGAACCCCUGUACUAUGUGAAGCCAGGAAAAAAGAUGGUGAGGAAGAGUGAGGUUUCCCAGGAUAAAUGCUUACCCAGGCUGAGUGCCAUGGGAGGAAGAGCAAUAGCCCCAGAAUCCCCUGAGUGUAAUUAGGCCUAGCCUUUGCAGCAGUCCAUUUAUUCCUUGGUUUGAGCUCCUCCAAUAAAUGUCAUUAAUCCCUUGGCAUUUGAAUGCAUGGAAAGGCUUAGGAAGCAUCUGACACAGUAAAGCCCAUUGCUUUUUAUUCCCAUUUCCUGCAAAAACCCUCACAUUGUUUAUUGCUUCAGAUUUUCUGAGAAACUGCAGCAACUUCCUUGGCUUUUGUUCCAACAAGAAACCAUUCUGGUUUUCAGCUGAACACCUGUGGAUGUGUCUGACCUGAACAGAAAUCCUCCUGCUGCAUCCUGUGCAAAGUGCUGCUCCUUGAGGUGCUCAGGGCUGUAGCACCAGGUUUUCCUAACCCCAGGCUGUGCAGAGGAGCACACCAAGUUCCAAGGCAGGGUCACAAGUCACACCCUGAGCUAAAAGCCGUAUGUGAGAACUUCAUGGCUGGGGGCUCACUGUGGUCAGGAAAGCAAACAAGGAGGGAGAGCUGCAGGCAGGAAAGUCCUUUCCAAGUGACCCCAUGAGUGCACAGAGUUGCUGUGAACAUCUCCCUUUAUCCAGGACACCAGUGUCUCCUGAGAGAGGAAUCCCUGAUUGCUCAGCCCUUCAAAGGCAAGGAACUACCUCAGCACCACGAGGUCAUGCUGGGAAUUGUUCUUCUGCCCCUUUCCUUGCUGGUACUGUAGUUCCCUCUGCUUUCCACGUCUGGCCAUCAGACCAGGCUCCAGCAGCUCCCAGUGGUGCACAGGCUGUGUCUGCACAGGCUGGGGUACAGGUCUCAGCUGCUUUCCAGGAGCACCCACUCCUGUGUAUCUCACUUGUGUCUCUCUCUCGGUGGCAGUGGUGCUGAAGUGCCACUUUGCCAUUUCCUUCUCAUUCAGCAGAGAAAGUUUUUCUGGGUGGUCAGGAUGCCUGGUGGCCCCACCUCGCCUCUCCCUGCAGACUGGUGUGCUGUAAAAAGAGGUGGAGAAUGCUUCUCAAGGACUGGAUGGGAUGGAGGAGACCUGCAGACGUUACCUCAUCCCAGUACCAUGUCCCACAUCAGCACCUACUUUAACAAUUUCCAUGACAGACAUCAUCAUUUCCCCUGGAUUUAUACCACAGGAUCACGAAAUGGGUCAGGUGUAACUUUAAAGCUCAUCUCAUUCCAGCCCCUCCUUCCACUAGACCAGUUUUUCCCAAGCCCCAUCCAGCCUGGCCCUGGACACCCCAGGGCUGCCUUGCUUUAAAGACCCUGCAGAUGUUUGUUGUCUCUACACAAGAGAUCCUCAGUUCCCAGUCUGGUGCUCCAAGCCCUGUCCCAGGCCAGUCCUGCCCUCCUGGGGAUUCCUCAGGGCUCACAGAUGUUUGGAAUGAAGUGAAUGAGGCACAGAGCAAGGAACCUCUCACCCAGCCAGAAGGAGCUGGGGGGUAGGAAUUAACAAAAAAAAUUUUCCCCAAACUUUCAUGGCUUUGUUCUGAUUAUUUCACUCUUUUCACCAAUAUUUAAUGUCGAUUCUCCCUCCAAGCCUGUUCAUGAAUCAAACUUUGCAAAAAAGGAUGACUUUUGAACCUUCCUUUUGGAGGAAGCAAACAUGAUUACUCUCCUCCCACCCGCCAACAUGUGUGCACAGACCACUGCUUUUUCCUUGUGAAAAGCCAGUAAUUUUUUUGGAUGAAAUUCCAUCUCUGCUGAAUUCUGUGAAGUGAACCAUGGAUCUUCAUUUUUAAGCCUCUUGAUUAACCACAGAAGUCACAGCAGCUGCUUGUAAAGGCAAAAGACUGAGUGAGCCAAGAGGCAGAAAGGGAGACAAUUUUCUUUUUAGGAAUUACUCCAUUCCUGAGGACUUCCAUAAGCACAAAGAAGAAUCCUGGGAAAAAGAAAGGAAAAAGCCACAGUUAAAGAACCAGCCAGACAUUCUGUAGCCACUGAACUCUAUUUUUUGGGUGCACAGCACCACUGGCAGUGGUUGGCAGCCCUGAGGGCCUGUGAAAUAUUGUGUGUGUACUUCCCCUUGUCAUGCCAUGUCGUGUGCAGCAUUGUCCAGGCUGGAGCAGAGCUGGGAGGGACACCAGGGCUGGGGGAAGGUGCUGGAGCAGGAGCCCCACGUGUGCACCUGCACGAGGGGAGGGUGGUGGCUGCCAGCCCAAGCCAGGGUCAGAUUGUACUUACCUUUUCUGUAAUGUCAGUAUUUAAACAUAUCCGUGAAUAAAGCACACACGCAUUUUCCUGAGCCCUGGCUCCUGCUGUGCCAGCUCGUCCCUGCCAGCACCUCCGGGAUGGUGCUGGGCUCUGCUCCUGUGCUGGA